ACCUUCCAUUUUACAACUAUUAUUUUACUACUACUACUAAUAAUACUACAACAACAUUACCUGAAUCUAUCGCCUGGUAUUCACCAAUUUGAUUAACACAAAGUAAUAACCUAUCAAUUCAAUGAAUAGAUAGGCAAUACAAAACCUAGAGGCGAAAACGAAAUUAAUAUACAAAGAUGAGUGCGGCGACCGCACGAAAGACCAAUGGCGUCUUACCAGUUCCUAUCGCUGUCGCAAACGACACACCGAAAACCACCAAGUCAAAAGAACCAUCUCGAGGAAGAAAACUGAUUCUUCGCCGAAUUCCACCAGGAUUGACCGAAUCCGAAUUUUGGGCAAUUCUAGGUGAGGAAUGGAAAAGCGGAAAUGGAAAGGUAGACUGGGUACGAUUCCAGGAAGGCAAAAUCUCUCAAGACCCAUCGAACCCUUCCAAUCCAGGGAGAUGCUAUCUCCACCUUUUACGAACUGAAGAUAUUACCACUCUAGCCGAUAUAGUCCAACGAUCAACCUGGGAGGACGAGAAGAAAUCCUUCAACGAUCCGGCUCUGAUUGGACUUCCGUACUUGGAUGUCUCCAUAUAUCAGAAGAUUCCCAACACGAAACGACGUACAGACUCCAAGCAAGGUACCAUCGACCAGGAUCCUGAUUUCAUGAACUUCCUCGACAGCCUUACCCAAGAUCCCGCCACUACCAAAGAAUCCGAAACUGACCAAGCGGAAGAUGCUGCCAAGGUAGAUGGCAAAGUAACCACGACUCCUCUCGUCGAAUAUCUGAAAGAGAAGAAGGCGAACAAGGGGAAGGAGGCUACUAAUGCAAAGGGUGGGAAACACGCUCGUCACGAAUCUCAGGGUACAAAAUCAAAAGGCGCUCAGGAAGAUGUUAAGAAGAAAGGGAAGGAAUCCAAGUCCGAGAAAGUCGACAAAGAGAAGGCCAAGGAACCAGUGAAAUUACUCACGAAAAAGUCGACAGCCAACGAGACGUCCGAGACCACCAAACCCGCCACUACCCCGAACACGGCGCACAAGACGGCCGAAGAAGGCCCCCCUAAGAGCCGACGAGCUAACAUCGCCGCCGCGGCGAAGAUUCUGCAACGUGAUCUCGGACUCAGCCCCGGAAGUGCGCAUAGGAGAGCUCGCCAGGAUGCUGCAAAGGCUGAGGCUGCUGCCAAGACCGACACUACUACUACGAAGGAGAAAGACAGCAAAGACAGUAAGGAGCCAGCACCCGCGGCCUCAGCCACGCAGAAUCCACCUAGUUCAUCAGCGCCCCCAUCAGCACCCACUGCUCCGAAAGCCCAAGCGAACGAAGGUUCCCGUCGGUCGCGAGGCGCAAAGGCGACGAAGCAAAAUGCCUCUGGCGAUACGGCCAAGGGCAAAGGAAGCGAAAAUGCCAAUAGCGCAACGAAACCUGCUCCUAUGAUUACACCUGUCAUACUAAAGAGAAAAGACGAUGCUUCGAAUGCCCCCGCUUCAACAUCGUCAUCAGUUGCCAAUUCCUCGGCGCCCGUAGCCCCAACUGGCCCUAAGGCAUCGGCUGCUAAAGUUUCAUCAUCGAGCAAAUCUUCUCAGAAGAAAGGAUCUAAUCAGCCACCAGUAACUGCAGGCGCAACACGUGCUUUCAUAAAGCAUGCCAAUCCUUCGCAGGGUGUUACUGAACCGCUGCUUAAAAACGCCAUGGAAACUUUUGGUUCUGUUACCUUUGUCGAGAUUGAUAAGCGCAAGGGCUUUGCCUAUGUGGACUUUGGGAAUCACGACGGAUUGGUCAAGGCAGUAGCGGCGAGCCCAGUGUCUAUCGCACAAGGCACCGUGCAAGUCUUGGAAAGGAAAGACGCCAAAAAGCCAGCUGCUCCGGCUCCAACACAACCGGCGGGAGAAAAGGCGAGUACGGAAGCGACGCCUGAUCGUCCAAAACGAGGUGGACGUGGAAGGGGCCGCAGAGGAGGAGGGGCCAAUGCGAGUAGUAAUAAUGCACCGGGCGAGGCCACUGGAUCUACAGCACCACCUGCAGCUGCGGAUUCCACUGCUUCCACGGGCGCCGGCUGAAGAUAUAACGCGAAAAAGUUUCUGGAAUCCACAUGAUUCGGCUUCUUACGUCAAUGGGAUAAUAUGUCUCGGUUGAUCUCGAAUCUGGUCGACUGAAAAUGUCAUGAAUGAUGGCUAUUGCAUGAAAUUCGCGAUACUAUUUCCCAUGACUUGGUUCGCUAUGAUACUUGUCGUUGCUGGAACACGUACGAUGCUGAGAUAUUUACUACCAGUCAUGAAUGGUAGGGAAUGGAAUGGAGUACGUACACAGGCAGAUAGGCACCUAAGCAGGUUAAUUGCUCAUAGUAUUUAAUGCUGUUAGUUACUGGACUACCCUCCUAAGGAAAUAUGGCAAGAUGGCCUAGUCCAGGGGUUAAUUCUGGUCAAUAUAAUAUCUAGUGGCAUUCAAACCCUCAACUCCUUCCCGUAUGCCCUUUGUAGUUGUAGUAAGCGUCUGGGCUGCUUAGUAGUCAGAUAAAG